AUGACUGGCCCAGUCUCGUCUAGCUCCUAUAAUAUCGUCGAUGACGAUGAAGACGAGGCUUGGGAGGAUAUCCCUUUGAAUGAGAUUGAUGAGGCUACCCAGGAAAACCUGGAUGGAGUUGAGGGCAUGCUCAACUUUGACGUUGACCUUGAUAACCAGUUGCCGACCAUUAAUGUUGCUAAGCAGUCGAAUGCGAUUAUCGACAAGAUGAUCCAGAUCCGAGAAUACCAGUUCUUCCGUGAUACCUGGGAGAUGACUCUUAAGAUACUUUACAUCAAGGUCAAGCGGCUGAACAGCAAUCCUGCCUUUACCCUAGCUGCGAUGGAGGAUUAUGGCUUCAUUCGACCUGGCUUUAAAUUUCCAGUAGCUGGCGACAUCUUCACCAAAGAGGAAGUGCUUCUUUGGUUUGCACUCGCCAAGUACUGGCACCUGAACCGCUUGUCUAAGAAGAAGAAGAUACGCCUGGUUCUUAAUUCUUCUGUCAAGAAGAAGAAGACCCAAUUCGCACUCGCGCACCGCCCAGCCAUCAAGAUUCAAGGAUCUCUCUUCACUACAGCUCAGCGCCGAUAUGCCUCCACUCCAAAGCCUUCAGUGAAGGCUAUGUUCUCUGAGAUCAGUGACUCGAUGAUCAAGAAAGGUGUUUGGGAGCUUCUGGGCCCUGCUGAAGUUUGGGAAGAGUUUACUGCUCUCGAUAAAACAGCCAACAUCUUAUCUGCGAUGUAUAAGAAGUUCUCAGCUAUACUAAAGCUGAUACCAUUCUUCCUGAAGCUUGACCUUGCUCGGGAUAAAGCGCCAUACAACUGGCGUCAGGUCCAUGAGUUGGCUUAG